AUGGGCUGUGAAGGAGGUGGGCUCUGCACUAAUGCUGUCCUUUCCUUUUUCCCCAAUAGCAUGACUACAGUCAUUGUCAUCCUGGCUGCAGUGAUUGCCCUGAUCAUUGGUUUUGGUGUCUCAGGAAAGCACUCCAUCAGUGUGACGGCGCUGACGUCUCCAGGGAACAUUGGCCAGCGCAGUGUCCUGGGCUGCUCUUUCGAGCCCGACAUCCAGAUGGACAGCAUAGCAAUCCAGUGGGCCAAGAAGGGGGUAGCUGGGCUGGUUCACGAGUUUAAGGGUGGGAAGGACCACCUGCAAGAGCAAGAUCCAUCAUUUCAGGGCCGCACGGCCGUGUUUGCGGACCAAGUGAUUGGCGGGAAUGCUUCCCUGGAGCUGAGGGAUGUGCAGCUCUCUGAUGCUGGCACCUACCAGUGCUCUGUCACCACAGCCAGAGGAAGUGGAGCAGCAGUGCUGCAGUACAGGACAGGAGCCUUCAGCAUCCCCGUGGUACAGGUGGAGAACAGCAGCCAUGGGGACAUGCUGCAGUGUGAAGCCCCACGCUGGUUCCCUCGCCCUGCCAUGCACUGGACGGCCUACAGUGACACUGGGGAGCACCUGCCCCACACUGCCAACACCAGCUACAAGCUGAACCCCGAAAACAUCACUGUGAAGGUGGUUUCCCUCCUGCACAACAUCACUGCCAAUGCCACCUACGCCUGCGUGAUUGAAAACAGUAUUGCCAAGGCUAUGGUCAACAUCAAAGUGACAGAUUUCAGCACUACAAAGGUGACCAACUUGCAGCUGGUGAACGUGAAUGCAGAGUCAGUGUCAUCCUCCUUUCCAGCCUGUCACUGGAUGCUUCUGCUUCCCUUGUACCUGCUGUCAAUAUAAAGCCUCUAUAAAGCAUUUGGAAACUCUGCUGGACCUGCAGGUAAGCUUGGAAAGAGAAACUCAUAUACAUACAAUAUAUGGAGGUCCUCUUAGGGAGUUUGGCUACAGCAGCAGACCUAUCUCAAGCCUGCCAAAAUGGGUGUGUGUGUGUCUUUCCCUUCUUCUCAUUCUUUCCCCAUCCCCUCCUUUAGGUGGGACACGUGGCUUGUUCCUCUCACAGGCUUCUCCCAUCACUUUCUGCAACCACAGGCAUCCUUCUCUUGCACCAUCAACUGUCAGCUCUUAGUUGUCCCCUCAUCUUCUUUCCUGUGCACCCUCUGGACCUGGGCUGCAGUUCAUGGCUGCAAGGCAGCACAGGCUUUUUCUUCUCCCUCCCUGCUCACAAGACCUGUUACAGUACAAGCCUUGCUUACUCCCACUUUACUCACAACUCCACAGUACAGUGUGGUGUCUCCAGUAAAUACUGUAGACACUUUGAAUAUGGCUAGAGGGAGCUGCCAGCCUGACCAAUUCCCUGCAGACCUGGAAUAAGGAGGGCUUACACAGCCAAAGCACAGGACAGCUGCCUUUAGUAUUUGUUGGUUUUGGCUUUGGGUGGUAGGACCUGGAGGUGAACUGGUGAAAGGGCGAGCUAAAGUAUAUCAACUAAAAGGAACAUGUCUGUCUUCCCACACAGAACAGGUAUUACAGCUACAUCGAUGGCAGGACUCACUUCAGGCUUUCCUCCCUAUGGGGCUGAGGGCUUUAGGAGUUCCUGCUGGUUCCAGAGUACCCUGUAGUACAAACAUGAAAUUAGCUGAUUUUUCCUGUGUUAUUAUUUCUUACCCACACUAACAACAGGAUACUUUGUUUAGCUUCACAAAGAGAACAAGGAAUGUGAUAAGGAGAAUUGCAUAAAGGAAAAGUUCUGAUUGUAGGACAAGAUAUGUUCCCUUGUCUGAGCUAACACAGUGACCAGAACUCUGAUCAUGGGCAGGAGUUCAGACACAAACAGGAAAAGGGUUUCCCGCAAUACAGCUGAGAAGAGCUCCUUCAGAGUACUAAAAGCAAGCAAAUCUUAACUCCUCCCAAACAGAUUUGUUUCACCCAUCUCGUCUUGUGAUUCUCUGACUGUACUAAUAAAACUGUAAAUAAGAGAGGCAGUUAAUCUCCUUCAUCUUGUUAGAAUGCUAAAAUGAAACUCACCUGCUGAAAAAGAUGUGAGUGGCAGAACAGCAAUAGGUUGGAAAACUGCCAGCAGGCUUGGAAUAUCCUGGCAAAGACAAACCACAUCUAAAGUCCUGUAUGAGGAGUGAUGAUUGCAGUUGUAAUGCAAAAUAAGAGAGGAACAGAUAAGCAGACAGCAGACAGAAAACUAACAUACAGCAUGAGGAGGAAAAGGAGAGUAGUAAGAUACUACUGGAAGCUUCAAAUUCAGAAGCAAAGUUAUUAAACC